AUGACCGAUAUCAACAACUCUUAUUUCCAGAAAGUCGUCCGGAUGUCUUCACCAGAUCAAAUAGGUGAUAUCGACGGGAUGUGGUUUGAAGGAAAAUUUCAGGCAGUUGCGAUGGGAGACAUAUCAGCCACAACCCGAUCUAUAAUUGAAGUGAAAGGAGACCAUACCUCCCAAGCAUCCAAAUUUAGUGUCAUACUAGGACCGACCUCUGAUAAUCCAGGAGGAUUCGCUAUUGGCGAAUAUUACAACCUUCGAGGAGAAGUAAUUAUAUCCGAACCUCUAGGUAAUCUGCAGUUCUCCUACUCUCCAGUCGGAAUUCAUCAAAUUCGGCACACGAGGUCGUCAUCCUCAUCGUCACUCAUCUCAAUUAUUGGGGUGGGCACAAUACGUCGGGUUCGCCUUUUACCAGACCUGGCUAACAGGAGUAAUGGAAGAACCGACACCAAUGUUAUUGAGAUGAUUGUUGGCCACAAAUCAGAUUUACCGACGAAUGGAUUAAAGGCGGAAUUAAUGACUCGUUCCAAGUACGAUGUUUCUGGUGGAUUGAUGGCGGACAAGGACCACACCUGUGUUUGGUUAAUGUAUUGCGCCGACUUCUCCCGCAAGUUGACUUACGGUAAAACUUAUGCCAUAGAGGGUUUUCUCGUUGGGGCAAAGAGGCACGAAAUGCCAUUCAUAAUGUUUGACAUUAACAACACCCGGGAAGUUCCGACUACGCACGCCGGCGGAGAAACUCGAGUUCAUUCACUAGGUGUUAUUGUUCAGACUUUACACUCUAAAUCAAGCCUGGGGCUUCAAGGGCCCAUCUCCCUAAUCAUAAGACAUGAUGGAGUCGACAAAAAUGACCCGGAGAAUGAUAGCAUGCUUGUAAAUUAUGUCGUCCCAUCUAAGAUUAUUCCCGAUGAUGAGGUUAUAUUACUCUCAGCGGGGAAGCGAGUCUUAUUCCGUGGAACAUUGGCCGGUUGGAAUCGGGAACUGGAUAUGAUGAGGGUAGAGGUUACCAGUGGAGAUUUAGAAAUUCAAGACGAAGAGUCAUACAGCGAUUAA